CGCUGCCGCGGGCUUUGGAUUGCUGGCCCUCGCCAACCUGGCACAGGCCUCGCCUCGCUGUCUCGCGCGCGCGAUGGCCCUGGUUCUCGUGUGCGCCCCGACUCUGCGUCUUGUCAGCGUCCUUGUCCGCUCGCCGGAAGCGUUGGCCCGUGACCUCGACACGUUCGCAGGCGUUGGGCGGUGCAUCACCACGAUGGCUGCAGCGACCGGCGCCGCUCUCGGAGCGCUGCCACCCUCUGCCCUCCAUCCGACCCGCAAGCUGCUCGCAGUGGGAUACUGCGCUUGCGCGCAGAUGUGCGUCGGCUUCAUCCUCCGUGUCCGCACGGGCCACGAGAGCGCGCUCCCUUUCUACCUGCUGCACAUCGUCCUCCCCUUCCUCGCGUCGUUCCUCGCGGCCCAUGCAGCUUCGCUCAGCAGCGUCGGGCAGAACGUGGCGCGGCGGGGCUACUCCAUGCGGCUCGCCUGCGAUGAAUGCUAGAUAGACAGACUGCGUUACACGCCGCACGCGGCGGAAGCAUGGCGGCGCCCGUGCGUUGCGUUGCUAGUCCGCGUCUGGACGGCCGCCGAGCCGUGAGCAUGUUGGACUUGCGCGGCGGCCCUCGGACGUCGCGUAGCACUUCUCUGGUGUGCUUUCGUGCCGGUGAAGCAAGUUUGUCCGUUCCCUGCGUGCUGCGACUGUCGGUUUCUGACAUAAUUCUGAGACGUUCAUGUAU